AACUAUAAUUGAUGAAUUUUAUCUUCCCAUUUUACUUGUCAUAUUCGUCUCAUUAGUAUACAAUUUAUUCAUAACCGAGAAACUUCGACAUCUAUCAUCCAGUGAAUCUCAAGAUGAUGCUCCCAAUGCAUUGGAAAUUCAACGAUUUUUGAAUCAAUUUAUGGGAUUAUUAACAUCAUAUAAUAAUCAUCUUGACUUGAUAUUAUUGGUCGGUUGGUCCAUCAUAGUUUUCUCAAAUAACCACGUAUUAUUUAGAAGUUGGGAAGUUGUACGUUAUGAAAUUAGAUAUAUUACAAAACGUUAUGAUAAUAACGAUAAUUCUCUUCGAGGGGAUGUAGAUUGUGAGGCGCAGCCACUGUUAGAUGAAUAUAUUGAGACUAUUGAUGUAUUGGAUGCGGAAGAGAUCGACGUCAAUGCAAAAUUGAUCGAUGUUGGCGAAGAGGAGUCUGUAUGCCAAAGUAAUUGA